AUGUAUCUCGCGACAGACCCAGCGGCCAACGAUCCCGGCGACGUCUCUAUUUCCCACUUGACCUGGCGUGCUGUGCUGUGCUGUGCUGUGCUGUGUUCAUGUCGCGAUUCCGUGCGAUGCAUGCCGCUCUGCCAUGCUGCCAUGCUCCGCCAGGGGCCAGGCUCAGGUCAACUUCAGAUCGGUCGCGGCCUCGCCUCGUGGUACCCCCCCCCUCCCCGGUCGUGCUGCAAGCCACGGCGAUCCACCCCCGGGUUUCGGCACGCACCAGACACGUUGUUUCUCCAAGACCGUGCUCGCAAGCUUGAGGACACCAUGGCCAAACGCCACGACGCCAUCGCGUAA